UUUAAAGUCGUUGCACCAAACGUGCUAUCAUUUUCAUAAACAAAAUAAUGGGUCUUAAAUCGUAAACACAAUAUUUAUUGGCCUUUUAUUGGAUACGUGGCUAACACACUUUCAAACAAGUGGUGGAUUUAUUUCGUUUUAAUCUCAGGUAAGGACUAAUAAAUGUGAAAUAAAAACAAAUUCAAUUGAUUUAUACAAGAUAUGGUAAGGCAUUUUAAUAUGCUAGUUUCUUAGUUUGAAUACCACGCUAGAAGGUCCAUGUCACUAUGGACUUACCUGUCAACGGGAUUUUUACCUGUACAGAUUCGCUGAUGUGAUUCAAUUUGUAAUUGUUCCUAUAUGAGCUUAUUUUAUUGUUUUUAUUAAUUUAUUAUUUUACUUUUUGUUUUGUUUUAUCAAUAAACAAUCAACUUUCUUGACAAAAUAUGUAUUAAUAAGAACCGAUCUGUUACACAUAUAAGCGCAAGCGCGGGAAAGUGUUGCGUUCGUUAAAUGUUGAGUUAUUCCAUUUAUCUUAUACAGGUCAACAGUCUUGUGAAUAACACACGUCUCUUGGAGAGCCGUUUUAAAACUACAGAAACACCAACAUCACAUACGAUAGUUUUGGUGUGUGCUUUUAACGGUCAAUUUUCAUAGGUCGUUAAUUUGUUUCAGUUACAUUAAUAACAUUGACAAUACUUUUGCCAAUAUUGUAUUACAAUUUCUUUCAGCAACCGGUGCGACUGUAUCAACGGCUCUCUCAUACAUCUUCCGGCCAUAAGAAGCAGUUCCCGCUUUAGCACUUGCUUCAGCCACCCUGUAACGCUCGUGAACGAAACCGGAAGUCAGUGCUCCUUGAGUUCAACCGCGUGCCAAUGUCACAGACGUGUCGGUGUCAGGAAAACUAAGCAGAGAAAUACCCACCAUCAUCGCAUUACUGGCUUUUGCACAAACGAACUGACGUGUGUUUCGAAUUUUUUUUGCCUACCGGACAGUGUCGAAUCCAUUCUAGAGAGAGAUUACAGUGCAUUUUUGCCGCCAAUUGAAGACUCGGUCGGUCUUUAUCCACGUGGUUCGUUUUUUAACCAAUGGAAAAUAGCGGGAUUUACUCACAAGAAGGUUAUCCUUAGAAACAUUAGCAACAUGACGGAAAAACAGGAAGUGACGCCGGAGUUCGUUCAGUACAUUAAGGAGCGCGACGCGGCACUGGAGAGUGUGAAGAGCGCGCAGGAUGAACUCCGAGAGACCCAGUGUAGGCUGUACGACGCCUUGCAGCUUGUUGAGACGCUCCAAAAGUCUUCCAAGUCUGAUACUAAAGCCAAAGGAGGAGGAGGAGGUGGUGGCGCGGCGGCAAAGAAGACGCCAGGAAAGAAGAGCGUCUCAACCGGCGCGGCGAAACACGAAAACGGGUUGUCGGUAAAGUCAGGCACGAGCGCCACGAGCAGUGGGGUCAGCUCGGCACGCGCCAGUCAGAUCAGUUAUACACGGACGGACGGCGGCGCAUUGCAUCCGCCCAUUCCGGAUGUCGACCCAAAUGCGGAUACCAAAGAAUAUUAUUGGAAGAUAGCAGAGAAAUACCCACAGCUGCCGAUGUUCACAGUAUUGGACGCGGAGAGCAAGUUCAUGAAAGCGGAUGCUGAUCAUAGCGGAACCAUAGACAUGGAGGAGCUGGACAAGGUAUUGUCGGACACGGUGGGCAUGUUCACCCAGAAGCAGCUGACGGAGAUCAUGGUCGAGAUAGACUUGGACCAUAACAAUACGGUGGACUUUAUGGAGGCCCUUACGGUCAUCAACAAACUGGUAUCGAGGAGGAAGACCAACCUUCCACAGUCCGUGCAACAGAACUACUCGAAAACGUGCGUUCUACAAUGAGUAUCGACAGCGUGUUACUAUGGCAACAACAGCACACGUGACUUGUAGAAAGAACUACACGAAAAACUCGCAUAUCGUACUAAAACUAAUAAAAUAGCUGCCUAAUAUAUAAUAUCGUAACUUAAUAGUGUCAAAUGCGAAUAUGGGGUUGAUGAAGGCUUUACUUGAUAUGAUUACAUAUGGACUUAAAUCGGUUGAUUAAAUAAUGAGUGUAUGUGGGGUAGACUAAUAGGAACGUACUAUGAACACACGCCUGUUUGUAAAUUAGCAUUAUGCAAACUACAUGUAAUUGUAUGUAGACUAGCAUGGCAAUGUCCCUGAAAUAACAAGACGAUUUUUCUGACAAAAUUUGGCGGUGCUUCAUUAUUUACAGUGGGCCAAACAAUGCAAUUGCAACGUCAACAACAAAUGAAUAUCAAUAUUAUAUAAUAUUUAAAAAAGUAACAUUAGCAUAGUAUGCAGUCAUGGAGAAAAAACAGUCGGGGUUAUUAUAAAGAAAGCAAGCGGGAUGUCGUGUUGCUUCAAUGCUAUACGUUGACACAACUCGACGAUUACAGUUAACCAAAUCAAAAUGAGAAUAGUGUAAAUAAAUCCCUGAACAAAA